AUGGACGAGAAAGGUGAGUUGGUCCUCUGUGUAGAAGGUUACAGGAUUGGGCUUGACAAGUUUGGAGCUUUGAGUGGAUGUUGGGAAUUCGACCAGUCUGGAGAGAACAUGGUUGUCCCAGUUGUGCAAAACACGAGCAAUGCGAGUCACGACCACAUACACGCCUCGUCACUUAGCCCGCGUGCCCGUCGCCCAAGCCUCGUGCACCGUCUUCUGUCCUCGUGCAGCGUGCCUUCCUUGUACGCCCGUCGUCUAACCUCGCGCGCCCGUUGCCGAGGCAGCACGUCUAUCGCCCAGUCUGCAAGCGCCCGUCACCCAGACAACUUUCUUCUUCUCCACGACCAACGGAGGCUCCGAGGCCCGCAGACCAAUCUGCACUCCAGACUUGCAUCUGCAAAGCACCUCGCGGUCAAUUCACCGCGACUCGCAGAGACGCCUCUCUCCGCCGCCGCCGUCGGCGGCCCCUCUUCACCGUCGCCUCCCCCAGCCUCCGCGACGCCGCCGCCGCCGCAGGCCGUGGACGCCUCCCUGGCCAUCGCCACCAGGUCAGAAACCCUAACCGACCCCAAAACACCGGCCUCCCAUCAGAAGCAGCUUCAGCCGUCAUCUUCCUCCUCCACCGCUCCUAAAAGGUCGACCAAGGACCGGCACACAAAAGUGGACGGCCGUGGGCGGCGCAUCCGUAUGCCGGCGACCUGCGCGGCUAGGGUUUUCCAGCUCACCCGCGAGCUUGGCCACAAAUCCGACGGCGAGACGAUUGAGUGGCUUCUCCACCAAGCCGAGCCGGCCAUCAUAGCGGCCACCGGCACCGGCACGAUUCCGGCCAAUUUCUCCUCCCUCAACAUCUCUAUGAGGAGCAGCGGCUCCACCCUCCUUGCGCCGCCCUCCAAAUCGGCUCCCCUCUCUUUCCACAGCUUAGCUGCCGCUCAACAUCCCAAUAAUUACCCCAAUUAUGAGGAAAGCUUCUCUCAUAUGUUAGGGUUUCACCACCCACAACAGCCGCCGCCGCCGCCGCCGCCACAUCUUCUCCCCGAAGAGAAUUAUGUACGGAAGAGAUACAGAGAGGAUUUAUUCAAAGAAAACAAUUCGGAGAAUUCACAGGGCGGCGAAGGACCCAGCUCGCCUUCUAAAACUUGCAAUAGCGUCCAAAUUGUACACAAGGACGGAGGUGAAAGGUCUCCGCACCAGAUCGUGAUGGCUCAGCCCACGGCCAUGUGGGCCGUGACGCCGGCGGCAACUAGCGGCGCGGGUAGCAUGUUCCAGAUGUGGCCCUUUGGCGGCGGGAGCACGGUUCAGGCGCCGCUGCACUUGAUGCACAGGAUUAAUUACUCCGGGAAUCUCGAUUUUCAGCCUUCUCAGCAUUUGGGAUUGGGAGUGGCGGCCGAGUCGAAUCUGGGAAUGCUAGCGGCUUUUAAUGCUUAUAAUAAUAAUAAUAAUACUAAUAAUAGUUCGAGAAAUAAUUUGAAUGUGAAUUUGGAGGAUGUCGAGGAUCAUCAGCAGCAGCAGCGGCCGGGGACGGAGAGUGACGAUGACGGCCAAAACACUUCUCAGUAA